AUGUUAGGGAUCCAAACAGCAUACCAAAGAUUGAUACUCAUUGGAAUGAUUGUCGGUUACUUAACAGUGAUCAACGACACUAAAAAGGAAGAGUUCAAAAAACUCAAAGGCCGACUCAGCUUGGAAGACAUCAACAUUGAGGAAUUAAUGACCAACGAUGAUAAGAGUAUAGAAAAACUAGACAAAUUGAUAAAGAAAUCUAGAAACUGGGUCCAAAUGAACAGCUUUCUGAGAAAAUCGGCCGAGGAAAGCAUAAAAAUCCCCAAAAUGAAUGUGGUUGAUGAGUUGAUCUUGAAAGUCACUGGCCAAACCCCUAACUCAUCGACGUCGCAGAACAACAACUUGGAAGACUGGUGA